AUGCAGAGGUCCCAUCCACCUUCCUCCACUUCAACAUCCUCUAAUUCCAUAUCCGCUUCUACCACUUUAAGACGACAUCUCCAUCAAAGCGAAUCAUCAGCUGACCUCAACAAUCAAGAGGGCGAUCUUACCGAUCCAAGACCUUGGGAAUCACGAGGUAAUCCAAGAUCAUACGGCUCAAAACGUGACGUAUACCUAGAAUCUCCUACCUCCAGCACUCCAGGUGAUUUACCAUUCUACGCUCAUACUUCGGACGAGAUGGAGACCAGACGGAGAUUCGUUGAAAAACAGUUCAAUCCUACGGAAGGUAGUACCGAAGAGAAAGUAGAGCUGUUGGAUGAUCAAGGAAAAUGGGAGAAAGGACACGGUGCAGGUCCGGGUGUAGGUGGAAGAAGAGGUUUACCACCUAGACAAAGAAUAGGUGGAUGGAGAGGUAUCAUGGCUGAACAUGAAGAACUGAUAUGGACUGUAGUAUAUACCUUACUCAGUAUGAUUACUAGGUAUUGGAGAAUUGGCGCUGCAAACUAUGUUGUCUGGGACGAGGCACAUUUCGGUAAAUUCGGAACACAUUAUAUCAACAGAGAUUUCUACUUCGACGUGCAUCCACCACUUGGUAAAAUGCUAGUCGGUUUAGCCGGUCUACUAUCAGGUUAUGGAGGAGGAUUCGAAUUCAAAUCAGGUGUAGAAUAUCCCGUGGAUGUACCGUACACAUCUAUGAGAGUGAUUCUGGCUACUUUCGGUGUGGCUUUGGUUCCUGUAGCUUGGUGGACUGCGGGUGAAAUGGGCUGGUCAAGAUGGACAAGACAUUGGGUCACCAUCUGUGUCCUUUGCGACGUCGGAUGGCUUUGUAUUUCAAGGUUCAUCCUGCUAGAUUCCAUGUUGCUCUUCUUCACUUUCACAACUACUCUGGGUUUAGUUAAAUUCCAUAAUCAGCGACAUGAUCCCUUCGGAGAUGACUGGUGGAUAUGGCUCGUAUUCACUGGUUGGUCGAUUGGCUGUGUAUGUAGUGUCAAAUGGGUGGGGAUGUUUAUCACAGCCCUUGUUGGACUAUACACAAUCGAAGAUUUAUGGGAUAAGUUCGGUGAUCUCUCAAUGCCGAUAAAAACCUAUAUCCAACACUGGAUAGCUCGAAUAGGUUGUUUGAUGGUUUUACCAUUCAUAGUCUAUGCCUCAUGUUUCAAAAUCCAUUUCAUGGUUCUGAACCGAUCUGGACCUGGUGAUGCUCAAAUGAGCAGUUUAUUCCAGGCACAUUUGAAAGGAAAUGACUUUGCAGAAUCACCUUUGGAGAUUGCGUACGGAUCCAAAUUGACACUCAAGAAUUAUGGAUACGGAGGUGGAUUAUUGCAUUCACAUGUACAAACAUUCCCUGUUGGAUCAUUACAACAACAAGUAACAUGUUAUCACUAUAAAGAUGAUAACAAUAAUUGGAUUAUUACGCCAGUAUGGGGCGCAAAUCCAGUGGAUCCAGAUGGACCUAUUCAAUAUCUUCAAGAUGGUGAUACGAUUCGAUUGAUACAUCAGUCCACAGGAAGAAACUUACACUCACACCCUAUAGCUGCACCAGUGACCAAAGAAGCAUACGAAGUUGCUGGAUACGGGAACGAAACUGUUGGUGAUGAAAAUGACUUAUGGGUAGUCGAAGUCGUAGAUGAUACAAGUAGAUCAUAUAAAUCGAAUGGCGCAGGGCAUGACAAGAUUCACGCCUUAACAACCAGAAUGAGAUUCAGACACAAAGAAUUAAAUUGCUAUUUAAGAGCUGCAAAUUCAGUUUUACCUCAAUGGGGUUUCAAGCAAGUGGAAGUUAGUUGUACCAAGGAUAAUGAUAAGAAAGAUAAACAUACUUAUUGGAAUGUGGAAAGUCAUUGGAAUGAUAGAUUACCACCUGGAAACGCUCAAUUGUACAAAUCACCCUUCUGGCGUGACUUUGUACAUCUGAAUGUUGCAAUGUGGACAUCCAAUAACGCUUUAGUACCCGAUCCCGAUAAAGAAGAUAUAUUAGCAUCAAAACCAUUCGAUUGGCCAUUCUUACAUUUAGGUCUAAGAAUGUGUGGAUGGGGAGAUAGCCAAAUCAAGUUUUAUCUUUUAGGUACACCUAUAAUUUGGUAUUUCUCAACUAUCUCAUUGGGAAUUGCGGUGUUCCUAGUAGCUUAUUAUGCUGCUAGAAUGCAAAGACAAUAUAAAGAUUGGAAACAGGAUGAAUGGGAUCAUUGGUUAUAUGUCGGUAAAGUUGCCUUUGGUGGUUGGGCAUUACACUUUUUCCCUUUCUUGAUCAUGGGAAGAGUCACUUAUUUACAUCAUUAUCUGCCCACUCUAUACUUCGCUGUUCUAAUGGCAGGACACGUAUUAGACCUCAUGAUCUUUUCUUCAAUUCGUAGAUCACAGUUCAAGAAAGGCAUAUGGUUUGCUCUGUGGGCUGGAUCAGUGGUACUAUCUUUCUGGUGGUUCAAGGAUCUCGCUUUGGGCAUUUAUGGACCUGUCAACGAUCAUUGGGGAUGGAUGUGGAGAAUAAGUUGGAACAUCUACAAUUAA